ACCUCCGUCCCGAAACGCAGCAGCAGCGUCAGAAGACAGCGGCGGCACGGCUUCUCCUCCUCCUCCCCCCCACCCAUUCCCCGGCGAGCCAUGUCCGGCGGCGGGUGCAGCGUGCGCGCCAUCUGGAUCCUUACGCCGCACGACACCGUGGCCUUCUCCAGGCGGUUCGCGGUAGUGGAGAAGCGAUGGCGCGCCUCCUGGGAAGCGGAGGGCGGAGGUGGCGGCGAGGGGGACGGGUGGGGCGCUGGGGCGACGACGCCGCCGCAGCAGCCGCCGGCCGACCACGAGGUCGCUGCCGCCUUCGCUGAGCGCCGGAAAAGGGAAGGAACUGCACGUGGUUCUGGUAUUCGUACAAGCCUGUCAUCUGUAGGGUCAGAUUCCUGGGUCGACGAUCCAAUCACUCGCCAAGUUAUAUCACUUCACAUUGCUAAAGAGGAAUCAGAUGGCUUCAUGAUCUGGCCAGUGGUUCUGCAGAAGCGCGGAUGGUAUUAUGUCCUUGUGUUGCCUAUGGUGGAUCCGCAGUCAUUUAGAGCGUACGAGAAUCUUUUAAAAAGGUCUGAUUGUGGGAGUUCGGCCAAGGAGAAUGGCAAUCUCUCAUCCAUCCUGCUCAAUCUUCCAUGCAUAACAGGGGCAUUUAUGGUUGCGCAUGUUAUUGGGGACAUAAUUACUGGUGAUGUUGCUGAACCUGAGGUGAUCGUUAGCUCCGGGCCCUCUGUUGGUGGACUAUUGGAUUCAUUGACUGGAAGUAUAGGUAUUUCUGCCCGAUCAAAGCCUAUUGCUGCACCUGUUGCUGCACCAACUGCUUCAGCCUCUUCACCUGUUGGCGCUGCUCAAUCCGAGUCCUUAAAAGGUGGUGUUAGACCUUUUGACAAGGAUUUACUGCGGAACUUCAUCAUUGGUGCAAUGCCUUUUGGCACACCUCAGGAUCUCAAUUAUGCCAAUGUUAAUUCAAUUAGAACUACUGGAUAUUCUGGCGAUCCUCUUCCGACCGACCAGAAGCAACCUGCCUGGAAACCCUACCUGUACAAAGGGAGGCAAAGGAUUCUUUUUUCUAGCCUGGAGACUAUACAUGCUGCACUGUAUGACCGUGACGAUGUGCCAGAUUUCCUUUCUGUUUCAGGACAAGUAACCUGUAGGGCUGAACUAGAAGGACUACCUGAUGUUUCUUUGCCACUGACUGGGUUAAAAACUGCUCAUGUUGAGGUCUCAUCAUUCCAUCAUUGUGUCCAAGCUUCAGAGCCCACUAAUAAUAAGCAAACCCUUGUUUUUCAGCCACCAUUAGGAAAUUUUGUAUUAAUGCAUUAUCAAUCACCAUGCAACACUGCUCCUCCUGUUAAAGGGUUCUACCAGUUGUCCAUGGUUUCUGAAAAUGAAGGUGCUUUUCUAUUUAAGCUGACAUUGAUGGAGGGUUACAAGUCUCCCUUCAUUAUGGAUUUUUGCAUGAUUACAAUGCCAUUCCCUCGAAGAAGGGUUGCAUCGUAUGAGGGAAAUCCAUCAAUUGGGACAGUUUCAAUGACAGAGCAUUCAAUUGAAUGGAGGAUUGUUACAAGUGGCCGGGGCCUCAGUGGUAGAAGCAUUGAGGCUACCUUCCCUGGUACUGUUAGGUUUCUUCCUAGAACAACACAGAGAACAAGUUCGUCAUUUCGGCUAGUUUCAAGCACUGCAUAUACUGAUGAUAGUGACAAUGAGCAAGAUAACGUUAAGAAUGGAGCUAGCUUGGAUGAUUACAUCAUGGAAAAAAUCAAUAAGGAUCUUCAGGCAGUUGAUUUAGAAGAGCCAUUGUCUUGGCAAGCAUAUAAUUAUGCUAAGGUUUCUUUCAAGAUCACUGGAGGCACGCUAUCUGGUCUUACAAUUGAUCCAAAAUCUGUAAACAUAUACCCUUCUGUUAAAGCCCCACCUGAAUACUCAAUGCAGGCUUCUUCUGGAGAUUACAUACUGUGGAACACCUUGGGAAAAUGUCCUACCGCUAUUCUACCUAGAGAACUAUGAUUGUCAGUGUGUUUCAGCAUAGUGUCAGCAUAAUUUGGUGUAGAUCUUUUUGUUGUACAGACUCCACGUUUUGUUUUCCCGUGUUUCCGUUCCUCGUACAAGAUCUGUGGUGGGAAGUUUUUGGUCCUUCCCAUUCAUGAGUUCUUUCCCUUUUUUUAAGGAGAAAAACUACAAACCUGCAGAUCUUUCUGUCUGAAGUCCCAUCACUUGUGGCUGUCGUGUGGCAAUACAAUCUGAAAUCCAUGAUGUUUUGAGCAAUGGAAUUUCCCAUCUCCUGUGGUUGGCAA